AUGGCAAAAAUAAGUGAUUUGGAAGAUCCGUCAAUGGCGGACGAGGUUAUCUCGAAAAUGAAGGUAUCAUGCAGCAUAGGAGCACGAAGGAUGCUUUCUGUGUGCAUGAUAGUGUCUGCAGGGUUUUUUCUGUGCUGCAUCGAUGAAUUUUCAAAGGAGUAUGGAGGUGAUGAAGAAGCCUUAAUCAAGAUACUAUCUGCAAUUGGCAUCGAAUGCAUCAGCAAUGCCUAG